AUGCGUUCUCAACUCCUCAUCACCACAGCACUUGCAGCAACCACGCUCGCCACCCCCAUCCUCAACCCCCGAGACCUCACCACCAUAACCCUCUCCCUCCCAACCGCAACAUCCUACCCCCAACCCGCCACCACAAUCCAAGGAUUUCCCAUCCACUCCUCCUGCAACGGCACCGAAAGGAACCAACUCGAAAAAGCACUCGGCGACACUAUCAAGCUUGCUCAACAAGCUGCUCAGCAUAUCUAUACUCAUGGUAAUGGGUCUGCGCUGUAUACAAAGUAUUUUGGUACAGCUGCUACUGCGGAAGUUAUUGGAUGGUAUGAAAAGUUGGUUCAUGGGGAUCAUGAGGGUGUGAUGUUUAGGUGUGAUGAUGUGGAUGGAAAUUGUCAUCAAGAAGGCUGGGGCGGCCACUGGCGCGGCGAAAACGCAACAGACGAAACAGUCAUUUGUCCUCUGUCCUACACCUCACGCCAACCCCUCGAAGCCUUAUGUGGAAAUGGCUACACCGUCGCCAACGGCAAACUAGCAACCUACUUUGCAGCCGAUUUGAUGCACCGUCUCUACCACACAACCAAAAUUGGCGAAGGCGCUGCUGAGCACUACGCAGAUACUUAUACCGAGUGCCUCGAAUUGUCCAAGGAGAAUCCUGCAGAAGCUGUUCGCAAUACUCACACUUUGCAGUAUUUUGCUUUGGAUGUGUAUGCUAUGGAGGUUGCUUUGCCUGGCGAGGGAUGUACUGGUAAGCCGGAUGAGGAAGAGAGUGGUGAUUCUCAUGCUGCUGCUCCUGCCUCAUCUGCUCCCUCGUCUAGCGAAUGCCACACUCAUGCUGAUGGUGUGGUUCACUGUGCCUAA